AAGAGAAAAUUUGAUGAUUUUCUCAACAAUAUGACCCGUUAUGUUAAACUUAAACUCAAAAAAUUCCAUUCCUACGAUUUUUUAUGAGUUUCAAGGAAAUUAAAUUGAUUUCUAUAUUUUUUAUGAACAAUGUGCUAAUUAAUAACACAAAAAUAAUAUAAAUGGGAUAUAAAUCGAGCGCGCCAGUUGGCGCUUAUUUUCUGUUGAGAUCCAUUCCCGGCCGAUUCUCAUGCUGCUUUGCUUAUUUUAGCCGCCGCCAAGCCAAGGUGUGAGUGAGUAGGCAUUGACUGCGAAAGUUUCGGCCGAGCUGCGGCUAGUUGUGUGCGUGAGAGAGAGAGAGCGAGCUGCCCAUAUAUAUAGUGUCAAAGCCGGCCGGCGACGAUGCCUUCCGGCUCCGACUCCGGCUCCUACGACCCGCUGCUCGCACUGGACGACGGCAUGGCGGACGGGGAUGUGGCCGCCGCCGCCGCCGCCCCCGUGGACCACCGCGGCCGCCCCGCCCUCCGCGGCGCCACCGGCGGCUGGAGGUCGGCGCUCUUCAUCAUAGCGGUGGAGAUCGCGGAGCGGUUCGCGUUCUACGGGGUGUCGGCGAACCUGAUCACCUACCUGACGGGCUCGCUCGGGGAAGGGAACGCGGCGGCGGCGGCGGCCAUCAACGCCUGGAACGGCGUCUCCCAGCUGCUGCCGCUGCUCGGCGGCGCCCUCGCCGACUCCUGGCUCGGCCGCUACCGCACCAUCCUCCUCGCCUCGCUGCUCUACAUCCUGGGCUUGGCCAUGUUAGCUUUCUCGACCUUGAUCUCCACCGGCGGCAACCAAUGCAGCAGCGCCGCCGUCGCCGGCGGCAAGACCUGCCCACCGUCGACUCUGCGGGUGGCGUUCUUCUACAUCUCCCUCUACAUGGUGGCCGUCGCGCAGGGCGGCCACAAGCCGUGCGUGCAGGCGUUCGGCGCCGACCAGUUCGACCCGAGCGACCCCGAGGAGUCGGUCUCCAGGAGCUCCUUCUUCAACUGGUGGUACUUCGGCAUGUGCGGCGGCACCGCCGUCACGCUGGUGUUCCUCAGCUACGUCCAGGACAACAUCGGCUGGGGCCUCGGCUUCGGCAUCCCCUGCGUCGUCAUGGCGUGCGCCCUCGCCGUGUUCCUGCUCGGCACCAGGACGUACCGCUACUACGUCUCCGGCAGCAAGAAGGGCGUGGUCGCUCGCGCCGGCGAGGCACUCGCGGCGUGGCGAAACAGGGCGAAGUCGAUCCCCCUUCUUCCGCCGGCUUCGCAGGAGUGCCAUCCAACGGCGACAUCGGCGCCGGAGUUCAGCACGGGAGUAGAGGAGGACGAACAGGUGGUGGGCAAGGCGGGCCUCGUGGAGCAAGCGAAGGGCAUCGUCCGGCUGUUCCCGAUCUGGGCGACGUGCCUGAUCUACGCCGUGGCGUUAGCGCAGUCGUCGACGUUCUUCACGAAGCAGGCGGGGACGCUGGACCGGCGGAUCGGCGACCAUAUACAGGUCCCACCGGCGGCGCUGCAGAGCUUCAUCAGCAUCACCAUCGUGGCCAUCAUCCCGGUCUACGACCGCGUCAUCGUGCCGGUGGCGCGCCGCUACACGGGCGUCCCCUCGGGCAUCACCAUGCUGCAGCGGAUCGGCGCCGGGAUGGUGCUGUCCCUGGUGUCCAUGGUGAUCGCGGCGCUCGUCGAGACCCGCCGGCUGCGGGCGGCGCGGGACGCCGGGCUCGUCGACAAGGCGGGCGUCCCGGUGCCGAUGAGCCUGUGGUGGAUGGUGCCGCAGUACGUGCUGUUCGGCGCGGCGGACGUGUUCACCAUGGUGGGGCUCCAGGAGUUCUUCUACGACCAGGUGCCCGACAAGCUGCGCAGCCUCGGGCUGGCGCUCUACCUCAGCAUCUUCGGCGUCGGCAGCUUCAUCAGCAGCGCGCUCGUGUCCGGGAUCGACCGGGCGACGGCGGCGAGGGGCGGCAGCUGGUUCUCCAACAACCUCAACCGCGCCCACCUCGACUACUUCUACUGGCUGAUCGCCGCGCUCAGCGCGCUCGAGCUGCUCGCCUACGGCUACUUCGCCGUCACGUUCAAGUACAAGAACAAGAACAAGGGAGCUCUCCUCGCAACUUCUACGUCCUGUUGAUGAUGCACACAAAUUGUGCUUUAGGUAUGUACAUGAAUCAGCUGGGUACAUAUCUACAUAUUUAAACUUUGGGGAGAUGUUCUUAAUUAUGUUAUUAGUGUUUUCCGAAUAUCAGCCUUUGAUCUAUCACAGUAAAGAUGAACAUAUUAUUUUUUUAUGGGAGGGGAAUGUGGUUUUAUUUU